CGCACGACAAACUUCACUGGGAUAACAAACACACAAUCCUGCAACCGAAUUCUCUAAAUUCCCAGCACUGCCGGCAAAUUGAAUUACAUUUCAAAUUUAAAAACUACAAUAACGUUAAUCUGCAAUGGACUUCCUGGACCCAGAGCUCCACAGCAUCGACAAGUUGUGCGCACAAUUCGAAGAGUAUAAAAAGAACCGUGAAGAAGAGCACUCGGAGCUGCAGAACAAGCUGAAGACCAAGUUCAAUUUGGAAGACGAUAUUAAGGAGCUCAACAUGAAUAUGGAAACACUUCGUGUGGGAAUGCAACAGCUGGAUGACCAGCAGAAGUUUCAGUCGCAUCAAGGAAAGCUAAUGUCUCAGUCGAUGUUUGGUACGAUUGAGGCUGCUCCUCCAGAUGAAAUUCCAGUCCCUAUAAAGGACGAAGGUACCAUCCCCAACCAGAUUAUGAUAAAGUGCGAGGUAAAAAGUUGUCUGUUUGAGGGCUGCCAAAGGCGAAUAGACAGUCAGUUGCUUUUGCUCCACUACCUCUGUGAUCAUAGCAAGGAAGCUUCCUUCCAGCGCUGCCUUCCCGUAGUGAAAGAUGAACGGGUUGUGCUUUCUUUCAAGCCGAAGAGCUGCAAGCCUCAUGAUAAUCAGGUGUUGGGCCUUCUGGCUUACAAUGCACAACAGUUAUUGAUAUCCCGGCGGCAAUGUGAACCCAAUAACAGCAUUCUGCUGAAGCAGCACUCGCACCUGGAAGGUCACAUCCCGUUGGUGGUGCUAAUGUGUCGGACAUCUCCUUAUGCGGCUCUGCACGAUAGGCGUUUACCAGAUAGCCAGAGAAACAGCGAGUUCGUGCUCUGGCUGGUCACACCCAGCGACGAAAUGCAGCUGAACGUUACGCUCACUCUUUACGGAAGAGAUAUUGCAGCAAAAACCGUCUGUGCUCUGGGUGUUCGAAAGGUUAAUAAAAACCAGGACGCGGACUAUUACAUGACAGUCGACGAAAGCUACUGGCGUCUGACGUACGCCGUAGUGGAGAAACUCUCAAACAACUUUCGUGACGAGCUGCACCUGGAGAUUCUAGUUACUGAGUCACAGGGACAGAAGUAACCGCUGUCUACUCACAUUUGCGUUGUCCUGGAGUGCCUUGCACUUCGACUGCUCCGCCGGAUCGGUCAGCUCCGCGAUGCGUUUGUCCAGCAACUGGGCAGAACAUAGAAAGAGCAAAAAUGACAAUAAAUUGCAUAAUGCCUGCAUUACGUGGCACUAUA